AUGAGAAAGCGACUGCUGUGCGCGCUAUGCAUCUACUGGGUAGGCACAGAAUGCUUGCGCUUUAGUGAGUGUCUGCCGGACGGUUCCUCCGUUGACCCCCUCAAAGCGAAGGAGGUGCGUUCCUUCUACCUCCGCGCAAGGCCCCUCCUAAAAGGAAGGAAGAGACGACGCAGCCAGAGGUCCAGUGCCUGCAGGAUAAGCAAUUUAGACUCUCCAUAUGAAUACCCAAAUAAGGUGGUGGAGAUGUGCCCGCUUGUUGACAACCAUGCGGGCGCCAGGGAGGGAGCGGUGACUCAUUCGCAGGGCAGUUCGCAGUACAUUUCGCAGGGCAACUCGCAGGGCAGCUCGCAGGGCAGCUCCCGGAGUGGCUACCCUAAAGGGAGGAAAAUCAUCAUCGGGAACUGGAAGUGCCACCUCUCCAAGGCAGAAGCAUACAGACUCAUCGACGCUUUUACCAAAAUAAAAUACUCCAAUAAUGUGGACCUUGUUUUAUCCCCUAACUUAUUAUUCAUGCCGUAUCUGCUGCAAAAAAUUGAAGAGAAUGACUCGAAGAUCUUUGCCUGCUCUCAAGACGUCAGCCUGGCAAGCGGCCUGGGGGCCUUCACCGGAGAAACCACAGCCACUUUAAUAAAGCACUUUGGAAAUGAAUAUACCAUAAUUGGACACAGCGAGAGGCGCAGAGGGUUUUGCAGCAAUGGGGAGACACUAGAACAGACAGCUCAGAAGGUUCACAACGCUGUGCAGAGCCAGCUGAAAGUUAUCCUGUGCGUCGGGGAUGAUUAUCAAAAUGAGGACCGCCCAUUCACGUCAUCCAAGACGAGGACACUCCUUUCCCUCAUCAAGCAGACAAUUCCGAAGGAGCACAUGCAAAGCAUUGUCAUAGCCCUGGAGCCCAGCUUCGCCGUCGGCACUGGGAAGCCCGUGUCGGCUGACUUUUUGAACACCUGCUACUGGGACAUCAAGCGAAACCUAGCAGAAGAGGUGGACGCGCAAACAAGCGACGCGGUGAAAAUCGUCUACGGUGGAUCGGUGACCCGGCACAACAUGGAGAACUACCUGGAAAAGACCCCCGUCGAUGGGUUCCUCAUAGGAAAGGGCUCACUGGACGAGACCUUCAUGGACAUCGUAAAGUACGUUGACCAAAGUUGCGUCAAACUCGGUUCGGUUUAG